UGAGUUCGAUCAAGAUCAGACGGCGAGGCGCCCAUAGGCCCUACUUACUCAUUCUUGAGCUACUCUUGCACCCGCACACCGACGAAUACAGACCUCUUACCCCCAACAACGCCGUUUCCCGGCCUGAAACUUGGUAGCGACCCAAUAUGCAGCCUGAAUGUGAUCAUUUUCUCGCUGAUGACCCUCGACCACACAGAUCCGACUCGAUCGCCUGCACGUCUCCCGAUCACUCCUCGAGUGCUUGACUCGAGGUCGACUUUGCCGCAUCUUGUUGAAGAGCGCAAGCACUGACUCCCCGGUUUUUAGCGACAUGUCCAGUCACGGUAUCGCGGGGUUUGCGGCAGCAGCACUUGCCAGCCUCACCCCCAAGCAGAUCGAGUUCCUGCGCAGCCUCCCAAAGGCUGAGCUACAUGCUCACCUCAAUGGGUCGAUACCGCUUUCGGUGCUCCAGGACCUCUCGGGAGACUACCUCCGGGAUCAACAAUCCCAUGACGACGCCAACGCUGAGGCCGUUCGCGCGGGUAUCGACCGGCUCAGCCAGGGAGUUGUAUUCACGGAGAUUCACGAUUUCUUCGGACUCUUCCCAGCUAUAUACACCCUGACUUCCACUCCUCAAUCUCUCGCUAAGGCGGCGCGCGCAGUACUGCACCAAUUCCUGUCUCCCUCAGAUGACGGUUCACCCGAGGCAGCAUAUCUCGAGCUUCGAUCGACACCUCGGGAGACCCCUGCGAUGAGCCGUCUACAAUACCUUGAAGUCAUAUUGGACGAGGUCGAGAAUUUUGGCGAGGAGCAGGCUGCACUCAUCAUCAGUAUGGAUAGACGGAUGACACCUGAGGUCGCUUCCGAGUGCGUAGACUGUGCGAUUAAGCUGAGGGAUGCCGGAAGGAGAGUGGUCGGUGUGGACCUCUGCGGGGACGUCAAGGCGGGCAAUGUGGCUAACUUCGAGGCUCAGUUUAGGAAGGCCAAGACCGCUGGUUUAGGUGUAACUACACACAUCGCGGAGAUUCCAGAGACACCAGCCGAGGAGAUUCAACAGCUUCUGUCCUACGAGCCGGACCGAUUAGGACACGCAACCUUCCUCGACGAGACGUCGAAAGAGCUUGUGCGCAAUUCCAAUAGCUGCAUAGAGAUCUGCCUCUCGUCCAAUCUGCUCUGCAAGACCGUCGACAACCUCGACGUACACCAUAUCCGAUAUUACCUCCGGCACAACCAUCCUAUCGCCAUUUGCACGGACGAUAUCCUACCGUUCCGGAACUCUCUCUUAGGGGAGUACGCCUUGCUCAUGGCGGCGCCGCCUCUAGGACUCGGUCUCUCUGAGGAAGAGAUCCGGAGGGUCGCGCAGAUGGGGUUGGAGUGCCGAUUUCCUGUAAAACGGUAAAGCGCAGUCUUUAGCGACGUAACGGUAGACUACCUCGCCGAGCAUCUAGACAGACAUCCCACUUCAGCACUUCGUUGUGAUCCAUGUAUGGCAUAACAGUGCAUAGCCUCCCUCCGCAGGCGAGCUGCAGAUUACAAUUGGAGUACAAUAGAGAAUAUCCGGCAGUGCCGCAGCCAGGACCGCUU